AUGUCUCCUCUGCCUCCCUCCAAGAGGGGCUGGGAUACAGUCCGGCCGGAUCUCAUGAUAGACCUCAGCAGGAGACUGGCGGCGGAUGAGUACCAUCCCAUCAAGAACCCAGAGGGCAUCGUAGAUUUGGGAUCGGCCAUCAAUUGUUUGAUGCAGCAAGACCUCGGCCCCUGGGUCCGGCGCCGCCUCAAAGGCCUGCCUACCGCAGAGCACCUCCAGUACAACGACACCCAGGGCUCUGCCAAGCUCCUGCGGUCCGUCGCGGGUUUUAUGAACUGGUACUUCCGGUGCCGCAAGCCUCUCGUACAGGAUAACGUCCUGAUCGCCAACGGCGUGACCACCCUGCUGAACUCGCUGGCCUUCAGCAUCGCCGACGAAGGCAGCGCCGUUCUCAUGCCGACGCCGAGCUACGGCAUGUUCUCCCACGACGUCGUUACCAGAAACUCGCUCCACCUCGUCCCCGUGCCCUGCGACGACAUCGUCGAGGAGCGCUUCCGAUGCCGCCAGGGGGGCGCCGGGGAGUCCUCGCGUUGGCAAUCCGAGCUCGUUCGCCGCCUGGAGAAGACUCUCGGGGACACCCAGUCCAACGGGAGUAGAACCGCGGCCGUCCUGUUGGCGAACCCCGAGAACCCCCUGGGCCGCUGCUACGAUCAGGAAGUGCUGCUGGAGGUCUCGCGGUUCUGCGAGGAGAACCGGAUGCACCUUGUCGUGGACGAGAUCUACGCGGCGACGGCGUUUUCGAGGCAUCACAGCAUGCUCGGCUUGGACCUCGGGUCCAACGCGGAGAACGUGCAUGUCCUCUGGGGCAUGAGCAAGGACUUCGGAUGCGGUGGUCUCCGGCUCGGGUUCCUGGCCACGUACAACGCGAAGCUCCAUGCCGCAAUGAGGACUCUGAGCAUGUUUGGCUGGGUCAGUGCAUGGAGCGCGGCCGUGGCAUCCGCGAUUCUCGACGAUAGACGCUUCCUGCAAAACACCUACUUCCCAACUCUGGAAAGACGGCUGGAUACCCGCAGGAAGCAAGUGCUGGCACGGCUCACCCAGCUAGACGUCCCUUUCGUAGCACCGGAGGCCGGCUUCUUCGUCUUUGUCGAUCUCUCGAGGUGGCUCGACAAGGACGCUGCACAAACCCGACGCGGCAGCGCAGAGCUCGAGUUGCUAUCUCGCCUCAUGGCCCACCGUGUGUUUCUGGAGCCGGGCCAGGCCUUCUUCUCUGCUAGACCGGGCUGGUUCCGUCUGAACUUUGGGAACGACGACGAAACCGUCAAUCUGGGCCUCAGAAAACUGGCCGCCUUCUUACAGUCAGACACAUUUCGGGAGAGUAUAGAUGAUGCCGAGGACAACGGCUUUGAGAAGCAUGGCCAAACACCUCCUCGCCCAGACGAGACUACACGAUUCCAGCGAUGGAGACGCACGCUUUGUUUUGGACCAGGGGACGAUGCGUAG